AUGGCUGAGUCUGUCAAUGUCAUUGGAGCUGGGCUCGUAGGAUGCCUUGCCGCCAUCGCACUAGCCAAAAGAGAUUUUGAAGUCACCCUUUUCGAUUAUCGUCAGGACCCAAGGCUGGAAACCACCAAAGAUAGAAACCUUAGGUCUAUAAACUUGGCCAUUUCGGCCCGCGGAAUCACUUCUUUGGAGUUCGUCGACGAACAAAUCAGUCAAAGAGUUCUCAAAAAUAUGAUACCCAUGCGUGGCCGUAUGAUCCACGAUCUUGCCGGAAAUCAAGAAUCUCAAGAUUACGGCCUUUUCGGUGAGUGCAUCAAUUCCAUCGAUCGGUCCGUGCUCAACAACAACUUGCUCGACGAAGUGGACCGUUUCAGCAAUAUUCAUGUGAAAUUUGGUCACAAGUUGUCGCGGGUCGAUUUCUCUCGCGAGAAGCAGACCUGCGUGUUUACCACGGACGCAAAGGAACAGAAGUCGUACGAUGCCGAUUUUGUUGUGGGCUGUGAUGGCGCUUACUCUACAACACGUUCCCAAAUGCAGCGGGAAGUGAGAAUGGACUAUUCUCAAGAAUACAUCGAUUGCUGCUACAUCGAGUUGUAUAUUCCGCCUGCAGAAACCCAAGACGCAACCUUCGGUUCCUUCGUCAUGUCCCCCAACCACUUACACAUCUGGCCCCGUCACAAUUUUAUGCUCAUUGCGCUCGCCAAUGGCGACGGUUCGUUCACUUCGACCUUCUUCGGCCCCUGGUCUUUGGUGGAGUCUCUGGACUCCAGAACCAAGAUCGAAGAAUUCUUGAAGUGCAAUUUUUCGGACGCUUUGGACGUGAUGGGCCAUAAAAACGCAGUUGAUGCUUUUGAGCGCAAUCCUCGCGGUGCCUUGAUGUGCGUUGAAUGCAAGCCAUACCAUGUGGACCAAGGUCGUGCCAUUAUAUUAGGAGACGCAGCACACUCUAUGGUUCCCUUCUAUGGACAAGGCAUGAACUGCGGUUUCGAGGACGUCAAAGUGUUGAUGCGUUUGUUAGACGCACACCCACAGGACCGUGCUGCUGUUUUUGCCGAGUACAGUCUCAAUCGGCACGAAGAUCUUGUAUCCAUUAUCAAGCUGGCCAAGGACAACUACAAGGAAAUGUCGCAUGGCGUCACUUCGCGGCUCUACUUGAUACGAAAGAAACUGGACACCUUACUGGGGAAAUGGCUGAAAGACAAAUGGCUUCCACUCUACACCAUGGUGUCGUUCAAAGCUGACAUUCCCUACCAUAAAGCCAUUUUGACAGAACAGAGACAGAAGAGAAUUUUGGCCUAUAUUCAAGCAGUUAUUCUUGCCACACUACCGAUAGGAGGACUUGGUCUCUACAAAAUUAUAAGGAAAACACUCAAGAACUACAGAAAGUGA